AUGGACCCAGACACACCAUACUGUCGCGAGCUGGCCUCGCCAGGGAUCUUCCAGCCCGUGCUAUCAGUCUUGAUUAUCAUCGGAAUCCUGGUAUCCUACCUCCCUCAGCACAUUCGCAUUAUCUCGCGUCGCAGCUCCUUUGGCAUAUCGCCCUACUUUGUUCUGUUGGGUACGACCUCGGGCACGUCGGCAUUUGCCAAUAUUCUGGUCUUUCCCAAGACUGCCCAUGACGUCGCCUGCUGCUCGCAGAUCAACGGACUAGCGUGCUUCGCUGGUCUGCUGGGCGUGUUCCAGAUGGGCAUGCAGUGGCUGUGCUUCUUCUCCAUCCUACUUCUCUUCGUUAUAUAUUUCCCGCGCGCGACAUCGCCCAUCGACCCAGUGGCGUCGGUUUCUUCCACCCCGACUGGUCCCACAUACCGCACCGCGCUCACUAUCACCGCAAUUUGUCUUCUGCAUGCGCUCGUGACUCUCGUAAUCUCCGUUGCUUUCUCCCUGCGUCAACCAUCGGCGCUGCCGGCCUGGGCGAACUUCCUAGGCGUUCUGUCUGCCAUCCUUGCAUCAAUCCAGUACUUCCCACAGAUCUAUACUACUUUCCGACUCCGUUGUGUCGGAAGCUUGAGUAUCCCAAUGAUGUGUAUCCAGACACCCGGAAGUCUCAUUUGGGCCGCAAGUUUGGCAGCGCGCGAGGGCGCAAAGGGCUGGAGUAUUUGGGGCGUAUUGGUCGUCACAGCAUGUCUACAGGGAACGUUAUUGGGAAUGGGCAUAUAUUUUGAAUACUUUGGCCCGGAGAGCAAGCAGAAAGCAGUGCACCAUGCCGACUCUGACGAAGCACAGAACGGGGCAUCAGAAAGGGCCGAGUCUGCGGCGCAGGCCAAUCAUGCUGAGCCCUCCGAGGAGACUCCGCUCCUGCAGAGCCAGUAA